CUUUAAGUUUCUUCCCAACCCAAACCAUUCCAUGAUUCUGGGGUCCAUGUGUAUCAGACUGUUAACAACGCAGUGCCCCUUCCCUUUCUGCUCUUCAGGGCCUCCCACAGCACACAGCCAUCCCUGAAAUCUCUGAUCAGCCAGGGGCCAUUCUCACCCCCACAAAUAUUCAGGGAAAAGCUGUGCCAAGGGCAGUUGUUACUGUAGAGCUGGAGGUUCUGGUGGCUCCUUCUCCCAGUUCAAGCCAUAUCUUCUUUUUGUGACAAAUACUCAUAGACAGUGAUUAAACUGCAGUGUGCCAGCAGAAUUUGAUAGCAGGAGCUCUGCUCCUUUGUAGAUGGUGCACUGGUGAACGAGCUCUACAGUUUGCUUCGUGACCAGGAUCCUAUUGUGGUCGUGAACUGUCUGAGGGCCUUGGAAGAGAUCUUGAAGAAGGAGGGAGGAGUUGUCAUCAACAAACCAAUUGCCCAUCAUCUCCUCAACAGGAUGCCUGACCUGGAUCAGUGGGGGCAGAGCGAGGUGCUCACCUUCCUGCUGCGCUACAAACCCCGCAGCGAGGAGGAACUCUUCGACAUCCUCAACCUGCUGGAUGGUUACCUCAAAAGCAGCAGCCCCAGCGUGGUGAUGGCAGCCACCAAGCUCUUCCUGGUGCUGGCCAGGGAGUACCCAGACGUGCAGGCAGAUGUUCUGGUGCGGGUGAAGGGCCCGCUGCUGUCUGCCUGCACCUCGGAGAGCAGGGAGCUCUGCUUCACCGCGCUGUGCCACGUGCGCCAGAUCCUGGGGAGCCUGCCCGGCCACUUCAGCAGCCACUACAAAAAGUUCUUCUGUUCGUACUCAGAGCCCCACUACAUCAAAUGCCAGAAGAUGGAGGUGCUGUGUGAGCUGGUGAACGAUGAGAACGUGCAGCAGGUGCUGGAGGAGCUGAAGGGUUACUGCACUGACGUGUCGGUGGAGCUCGCCCAAGGGGCGAUCUUCGCCAUAGGCAAUAUUGCCAGGACUUACACAGAGCAGUGUGUGGGGAUUCUGACAGAGCUCCUGGGCCUUCAGCAGGAGCACAUCACUUCAGCGGUGGUCCGGGCUUUCCGGGACCUGGCUUGGCUGUGUCCCCAGUGCACGGAUGCCGUGUGCCAGGCACUGCCUGGCUGUGAGGACACCAUCCAGGACAGCGAGGGCAAGCAAGCACUGAUCUGGCUCCUGGGCACACAUGGGGAGAAGGUCCCGAAUGCUCCCUAUGUUUUGGAGGACUUUGUGGAGAGUGUGAAGUCGGAGACGUUCCCAGCAGUGAAGAUGGAGCUCCUGACAGCGCUGGUGCGACUGUUCCUGUCCCGUCCCGCCGAGUGUCAGGACAUGCUGGGCAGGCUGCUCUACUACUGCAUAGGUGGGUUCCCUGCCUUCUGUUCCACUGAGGCUGUGGGACAGGGGUUUUAGGACCUGGUUUGGCCCUGU